AGACUCGUAUAGCAAAGACAGCACUGCCAAAACGUUCAUCCUGCAACACCACCGUGCACAAACGUCUUCUACUCUCACCGAUUUGUCUAUUUUGUCUAAAAAAUGAAUGCUCCGCCUACAUUUGAAUCAUUCAUCCUCUUUGACGGAGAAAAGAAGAUCACUAUUGAGAAAGACACCAAGGUUCCUAACGCAGCUAUCUUCACAGUCAACAAAGAGGAUCACACGCUGGGCAACAUCCUUAGAGCCCAGCUUCUAAAGGAUCCCCAAGUCAUGUUUGCAGGAUACAAGGUUCCUCACCCACUGGAACACAAGUUCAUCCUAAGGGUACAGACCACACCCGACUACAGCCCUCAAGAAGCCUUCACUAAUGCCAUUACUGAUCUCAUCUCAGAAAUCUCACUCCUAGAAGAGAGGUUCAAUGCAGCUGUCAGAGACAAGAGAGAAAUACAGGACUGAAGGAGUGUUUCAGUCAUAUGUUAAAAAACUAUGAACUGCUGGACAGUACUUUUUGUACAUUGUUGUGAAAAUACUUGAGUGAUGGAUGGAUGAAUGAACUGGAGUCCUUCGUGGCUGUGCCCUGACUUGUAAGAUUUAUUAUAAGAGCAGCAUGAAGUUGUUAAGACCAAUGGAGAUGGCUUUCACCUUGAAAUCAGUUCAUGGCAAGAAUGGUGCCACUCAUAUGGACAUUCUGGAAUAUGGUUUGGGAAAUCUGAAUGAGCAUCAGCUAACUACUGAUGUAGUUGGCCAGCUUUUGAAAAUGUUGUUGUAUGUUGUAAAGUCUGAUGUCAACCUUACUCUGUGAAGCAGAUAUACAUCUGUAGCUCAGCUCACAGAGGUUCAUCAAGUGUAAUCAUGGCCAAAUUUGACAUCGAUUAAUAGUAACAGAGGUCCUGUUCAUCAGAUUUUUUCCUCUAAAAGUAUCAUAAACUGUCUUGGGGAAUAUGCUUUCUCUACAAUAAUUGCAUUUAAUAACAAGUUGUGUAUGUUUCAUGAAGAAUUUACUAUUAGCUGAGCUCAGCAUCCAAUCAAAAUUAAGGCUUCCAAGGUACAUGUUCCCCAGGUAAAGUUAUGAAACAUGCCCUGCUUUAUAAUCAUAGAGAUGUCUUCAUUUGCUUCCCAUAGUCAAAGCACAGGUUAUUAGUAGCAAUCAGUCUUGAUCUGGAUUUGAUUCAACCGGUGUCAGUUAUUUACUUUUGAUAUAAAGAUACAUGUGCCAAAUCAUUUAUAGAUCCCACACAUUAAAUAAGAGCAGUGUAAAACAGUCACUUUUGACUCCCCCCCCCCUGGAUUAUCGACCCAAGCCUUUCCUGGAAUGGAAUAUGGAUCUCUCAUUGGAGUUACUCAUGAGAUCGCAACCAGGAUCUUGGGCCAAAUGACUAGUAUUUCAAACCACAUUUCAUCUCCUUUUGGAAUAUUUAUUCAUGUAGUUGGGAAAUAAACUUCACAGUAUUCCAUUUGCUCGCAAUUGACCAGCAUAAAAAUGAAUUACUCUUGAAAUCUUAGUAAAAUAACAAUUGGUUUCCAAAAUGAAUGCACCUUUAUAAAUUAAUUUAUGUGGUUCCAGCAGUUCCAUUAUUUUGGGUUUUGUAGUAUUCUCAAGAAUUUUUUUUUACACACAUGUACCCAAGUUUGUUGUUGCAUAACUGUUCUUAUCAGCCCAAGUGUUAAGUUGUCAAUUUCACUAUUUUCUUAACUAAACUACAAGAUCCUGUAAAAACCUCUUUACACUUUGUAUACAGACCUGCCUGUCUCCACAAGCAGCCAUCUAAAGAUAUCUAACUAGACAAGCAAUUUGAGAUAACCAACAAAUAAAGCCCUUGCCCUUACAAAUGGAUAUUGUAUCUGCAUUUGUGUGACUGUAUCGAUAUAACCAAACUCUCAUAUAUCAUCUCUCUUUGAUUCAAAAUGUUGUGAAGUUGUGAAUUUUUUUUUUUAAAUGUAAUAAAUACUUUGUAAAAAAUAUGUAAGUACUUUGCAGUGUUACUGAUUUUACUUUUAUUCACUUCGGUUUUAAGUAUCACAUAUAAUUUUUACUAAAUUCUUUCAACCAAUUUUUUAAAACUUCAUAUCAAACAAUUUUUUGUUUGACAUCUUGUUUAUCCCCUUUUCUCUCUCCCUCUCUCACACACUUUGCCUCUAUUGUAUAUACACACUCCCUUUUUCUUUUUUUCCCCCCUUUCUCCCUUUUGCUACCUGAGCUAUUGAUUGCACCUUCUCAGUCGACUCCAAUCUCAAUCAUUUUACUGUAAUUCACUUCACUUCCUAUACCGAUGCCAAUCCCUUCUCUUUUUAACCUUUCCAUCAUGUUCAUUUUACACACCUAGUGGGUAUUUCAUAAAGCUGUUCAUAUACACACCAGAUUUAAUUGGUGUUGAUGUUUGUAAAGUCACUCUUAACUUAUGAACAGGUGUAUGAAUUACCUACCUGGGGGCCAUUUCAUAAAGCUGUUCGUAAAGUUAAGAGCGACUUUAAGAACGACUGGUGAUCCUUUCUUACAUGCUAAACCAUCGCCAAUGGUACAUACCAUUCACCAAAAGAAAGGACCACCAGUCGUUCUUAACUUACAAACAGCUUAAUGAAACACCCACCAGAACCUAUUAUAUAAAGCUUUGCAAUUUACCUUGAUGCUGAUUUGUAUGAUUUGGUUGCAUUGAUUAUUGUGUUUAAUCAAUCUUACAAAUAAAUCAAAUGGGCAAUUGCUAAAACUUUAUAUUUAAUGUGAACUCAACAAAUACACAUGAAAUGUCAACAUUAAAAUUGUUCAUUUAUGUAUUGAAAUAGCAAUCAAUCUGUUAUAGUUUUAUAAUCACUUUUUCCCUGUUACUUGCUAUGCUGGUUAAAACAUUUAAACCACUUUUUUAAAACAUGAAAUGUGCUCUUUUUUUAGUACAAAACAAUGGAUAUUACAUAUACAUAUAAAGAUAGUUUUCAAGCAGUUACAUGAAUUUUAAAGACGAUUGCCCAUAACAAUUAAGUAUUCAGCCAUUUUAAAUAAACAAUGAUAGACCAAUUUCUAUACAUCAACAAAUAUAAUACAACAUAAUGGUUUCAUCUAUCGUGUAAUGAUCUGCACAUUUCAAGCAUAAUUUAAAAUAAUCACACCAUGAUAUAUCUGUGAAUGUAAGUUUCCAUGAAAACUAAUUGCAUUCUCUUCCGCCACCAUCUUGUUAUCUGGUAUAAAAAGAUGCUAUAGUUUAAAACAUUUUUUAAAAUAGAUAAUAGCUUGUUUGAACCAGCAAACUGCAACUGCUGCAAACCAUACAGCAACAUAUCUGUAGUGUAUGGGAUAGCAUACUUUCAUCUCUUCACCUUUCAAAGCUACGAUUGCUUAUCACAUGGAUUUCUUAUUCUGUACUCCAUUCACAAUCGUUGCUCCAUCGUGAUUUUGAUAACUACUCUGAAUAUUAUGAAUGAUACCGACUUAUACUACAUGUACCAACAAAGUGAAAACUGUGAACUGUGCACUAUUGAAACACAUACAUAAAGAAAUUGGAACAAUGAACACUUGUCUGCAAACUCUGCACAGAGAACAAGGACAAGAUGUCAAUUCAACUUUUAACAUGAUAUGAUGAGAGAAGAAUAAUAUAAGAAAAAGGGAUGCACUAUCUAACAGAUGAACUCUUAAAAUGGAUUGUUAUUCCUGUAAACUGCAGUAAGAACAAAGAAAACUGUUUUUCAUGAAAAGAUGUAUCAUACACUGCAGUUUUAUAUACUUAUUUCAACUUAUAUUCUUUUUAUGGAACAGAAUUAAAGUAUUUUAUCAAUUAAAGGUCAGUUUGUUUGAUGUUCAAAUAAUUGUGUUCAAACAUGCAUCCCACACUGUAAGCAAUAUUUUUUUUACAAGAUAUUCAGAAUUACUGAAAUGCUGUUAAUACUUUCCUUUGGAAUGAUCACUUUUAUAUCCACUCAACUAAACAUCCAGAAAGAUAAUCAAAUUUAUAUUUUUAUAAAAGAACAAUCAAAACAUGUAACAAAUCAUUACAGGUAAUGUGAAAGGUUUUUACAAUUUCUUAAUGUGAAAUUGACAAGGGAUCAUUUGUUCCAGAAAAUUGAAAUGACAAAUAAACAGUAUACAAAUAUAUCAUUUUCCAUAAUUCAAUAUACUUUGGGUAGUAUUAAAAGCACAAACUAUUAUUUCAUUCAUGAUACUUUCACUAACUUUUCAUCAUUGUGCUUAUUAUGCCUAUUUAUUUAAGUCACUGUUAAACCCUUAUAUUUGCAAGUAGCUUGCUGAUUUAUAAAGCACCACAUUUCAAGCAUUCUACAACUUUAGAUUAUCAAAAUUCAAAAAUUUUAUAAAAACUAAUACAUGUUAUGUUGAAUACUUGUCAUUAAUAUAAACUAUAGGUGUACUUACGAGUUUUCAUGCAUACAAUAAAACAAACACAGAAUGACGAAAAUAUCCAAAUUGUCCCAUCUGAGUAGUGAAUAGGUUUAACAACGAAACAACAAAAAGACAUCAUAGUAAUUUCUCCAUAGAAAUACUAUAAAUUAAGUUUAAAACAAGGUUGAAAUGUCUGGUAAUCUGACAAAGCAAUGACCUUUAUUAAAAGGUCCUUUGGAGAGGACUUGCAACCACUGGUCUUGUCUCUUUUUCUCUCUCUGCUUGCCUCAAUAGUAUAAGCAUACACAUGCUUUCUAACAAUUUGGGAAAAACAAUUCAACAAUAAACUGUAAAUUUAAGUAUCAACAAAUGUUCUGUUAAACAAUGAAAAUUUACUAUGAAAUAUACAUACUCUACAUCUAAGGGGUAAGUACUUCAUGAAGUGCCUAAUCUUCUAAUUUCAUUAACCAAGUUGCUCUCAGCCAAUGGAAUGAAAGGAUUUCAGUAGCUUAUAACAAUUCACAGAAAAUUACUGAUAAGUGAUUUUGUGAAAGGCUCCUAGAGUAGCAGCUGGAGUCUACCGAGUAAAGUAUGGUGCAUUGAAAAAUAAAAAUAAUAACUUAAAGAUGGCAUUUCACAAAAGCAUACAAACAAACAAGGAAUUCUUUUACACUACAAAAGUUGGUCAGAAAGCUUAUUACUGAGUAAAAUACAUCAUAAACAUUUCAAUGUAUGUCUACUGAGUGCUUAAUUGUGUAUAUUUGGUCAAUCUAUCAAUUUUAUAAUGCAUGAAGAGACACAUGAUCAUUAUUAUAAUCAGGCACCGUUUUUGAUUGCUUAAGGAUUAUUUUGUUUUAUUCAUGACCACAAGGCUGAAUCACAGAAGGUUUAUAAAGGGAUCGUUGAGACACUCUUGCAAAAAAGAAUAUGAUACUAGUAAUUAAAUGAAAGAUAAAUUAUUGGGCAGCAAUUGAUAAACAAUACAAAAUGUAUUUUUUCUUGCAAAAUAUUUGCAAGUCUUGACAAAAGAAUAAUGAAUGAAGAGAACUUUUUUUAGGGCGGGGGGAGAGAAAAGCAACAAUAUCAAUAUGCAUAAAUUGACGUUGGCACGUGGCUGGUCAAUUAAUUGUACUAUAUGUCUAUGAAAAACACAAAUAAUAACUAAUCCAAAAUUAACACGCAUGCAAAAAAUCCAAAAUUUUAAUAUUCCCAGAUUUCUGACAUUCAGGGAAUGAAAGAAUGAAAUACAAGGAAUCGAUGAUUCUCUCAGAGCUUGCUUUCAUUUUCUAUGCAACUAGAAACAAAGUUAUUUCCCUGGAUUUAACACAAUUAUAAGAAACAGAAAAUAUGCAGCAGAACUUGAAAAUGAAAGAAAUGCAGCUUAUAUACUGGCAAGAAAGUAAAACAACUUGGGGAGUAUUUCAUGAAGAGUUUAGUCAGUGAUUUUCACUGACUAAUUAGCUCUUAACCAAUCAGAGGCAAGCAUUUCUAGUAGCUCAUAACAAUAGCUGGAAGUUUCAUGAAAUGCUUCCCAGAUCACCGGAAAGUUUGUGGCAGCCAAACAAUUAUCUACAGCGAAAAUUGAUGCCGAUUUAAGGAAUAAAAAUGUGACUGGUGCAAUAUGGAUGAAAAUUGAGGCUAACAUUUGGAUAUUUACAGGCAGAAGUUUUUUCAAAUGUGAAGUAGAAGCUGGAUACCAAUGAAAAAUAUUUGUUCAA